AAUAGAUUAUUUCCAACUCUCUUUUCGCGUGUGCGAAGACUGUUCGCCAUUGUGUUUGCGACGAACAAGUUUUAUCAUUCGAAAAUUCCUACGCUAAAUCCACGAGAAGUGCAAAAAUCCACCGUUAGCAACAAUGCCGAAGAACAAGGGAAAAGGAGGCAAAAAUCGUCGCCGUGGUAAGAACGAGAAUGAGUCGGAAAAGCGAGAGUUAAUCUUCAAGGAGGACGAACAGGAAUACGCACAGGUGACGAAAAUGCUUGGAAAUGGCAGGCUAGAGGCGAUGUGCUUCGAUGGUGUUAAGCGACUUUGUCACAUCAGAGGAAAGCUUCGGAAAAAGGUGUGGAUCAAUCAGGGUGACAUCAUUUUGAUCGGCCUGCGUGAUUACCAGGAUUCUAAGGCGGACGUUAUCCUGAAGUACACCCCGGACGAGGCACGAAAUCUCAAGACGUACGGCGAGUUUCCUGAGUCGGUCCGCAUCAACGAUACAGUCACAUUCGUCGACAACGAUCUGGAUGAUGAUAUCGAGUUCGGCGAUGAGUACAGUUCGGAUGAAGAGGUGGAUGCUGUCGACGCCAUAUGAUCGGCCACAAAGACGCACAGCAGCACAGGUAGCAAUUUUGGCACCACUAAAAGCAGUUAAAAUUGCUCGAUUAUUCGUGUUUGUUGUUGAACAAUAUUUUAGAAAUAUAAUUAAUGAACGACCGCUAAACAUUGGUACAUACAAUCAACUACUAGUUGAAAAGCCAACCCCAACCGGUGACCAUAGAGAGGGAGGAACAGAUGCAGUGAGGAGAAAUCACAAAAUUCAAUCUGAACACAAGUUGCUCUAUCAUAUUUUUUCGACUAAUUCCGUGAACGUGAAGUAUUCUCACAGUGACAUCUGUAGUCAAAUUAACACUCCGUUUUUGACCAUGUGAAUAUUUAAGAACAAUUCCUAGUUCCAAAAUAUCUGCACUCUAUUGUUUCGUUAGAAAAUAUAUUAUUUUUCAGUAAACAGCAAACGACGUUUGUAGUUCGAACCAAUUUAUAGAACAUACAUAUAAUCAAAAACCCCAAAAAAUACUCAACAUAAUCGACAUACAUCGCGCUCAGGUGCUCAGGAGGUGGUGAUUCAGUUUGGGAUAUUUCAAUGAUUGUAAGCAUAGUGACAGUGAGCGAUAACACGCGAUGAAAUCAAUAUUGCGGAUGAAACGAUUGUCAGUAUCGAAACAUUCAUUGCGAAAAUAUUACAUUAACCGUUUGAUUGAAUAGAAAACCGAUUGUGGCAAAAGGGAGCGAGAAA